UGAUCACAAAUGGUUGACAGUGUACAAUACAGUACACAUGGCUGCUGGAACGUGAACAGGCGGGCGUGGUCACUGGGCACCCUACAACGCAACAUCGACCGCACCUCCUGUCCGUCGCCGACCUGCUCAUCACCAUCCCACCCAUCACUUCCCCACCCAUCUCCCAUGCAAUUCAUCCUACGCCGUGUCAUCCCAUCUAUCACCCACAGCAUCCCAUGCUUCACUUGCAUUGAUCAACUUGGGCUCCUCCAGCCCGCGGCUCCGGGCUAAUGGGUAUAGCCAACUGGUCAAUCGGGCGACAGCUUAUAUUGAUGUGGUCGGCCUCCGCCAAUUUGGAGAUCUCGUCGGGUUUUGAUCCCGACGCGACACCAACGUGCUGGCCUUCAUUCGAUCCUGAUACAGCAUUCCGGAGUUGUGGUGAACUAGAAAAACUGCGACCCGUGUCGGCAGCCUCCAGCCAACGGUGCCAUCUGUACCCGCUCGCCGCUAUUUGUACCCACCAACGUACCGUUCGUGCUGGUUGGCGCGUCGCCGUUCGCAAUCACUGACGUGCCGUUCAUACUGGUUGACGUGCCAUUCGACACGCUCUGAUUGAUUUCACUCUUGAAUGCAUCUCGGAGUGUCCACCGUCGUCUUCCGUACAGAGUUGAACAUGAAAGCCGGACGGUAAAGGUACAGUAGCA